UGAUGGUAGCUUAAAUAGAGAAGAAGCGCACGCUUGGACGAGACGCGAGAAGAAUGCUCAUCCAUGUGAGUUGCAUGACCUAAAGGGGGAGCAGGAGGCGAAUGAUGGUGCCAUCACCCCCAGCCCAAGCCCUCCCUUCAAUCCAAAUCCACCUCCACAAAAAUCCUAUCCAUUCUCUACCAAACAGCGGAAGAGAAAUCAUCUUUCCCUGUUAAAAAUUGAGUCUUUUCUGGCGAAGUUAAAAUUUCCCCCUUUUUCUGUCCAUUUGUCGAUGCUCCGAUUCUUUUUUUGUAGCGAUUGCAUCGUGGAUUUGGACCACGCGCACCACCUCAACCAAUCCCCUCCAAUCCUGCCCCAACAAUCCCAAUCUCCAUUCCAAAGCAAGCAUCAAGAAAUCCUAAAUAGGGACGCACCAAGAACUCCACUACGAGAAUCCCCAAUCAUUUCUUGGUGCAUUUGGCCCCCUUCACCAUCCGAGAAAUCCCAAGAAAGCACAUCCCAAAUCGACCCCAAAUCGGUCGUACGCCGCACCAGAAACAGCUCAUAAUUCCAGUGAGAAUUAGAAUUAGGGUGAGAGCGAAAAGGAGGAAGCAAUGACGGAGGUGGCGCACCUCCGGGGCCCGACCAACCUCGCUUCCCCCGCAAGCCGCUCCUCGUCCCUGCGCUAUUUAGCCAAUGCCGACAGUGACGUGCUCCUAGGAAGCGGCAGCCUGGAGCGCUCUGCGGGAUCUACAGGAAACCUUGGACUUCAAGAACGGCGCGGGCAAGAGCCGGAAGCGUCAGAGGAGGACGAGGAAGAGGAGCGGUGGUCGUUCUUGGCGCUGCUGUUUGAGCUGCUACGUAAGUCGCUGCUCGGGUGCAGGACGGUGGGCGGCGACGGCAGAGGUGAAGGCGGCGGCUGCAGGAUGGAGAUUGGGUUGCCGACGAACGUGCAGCACGUGGCGCACGUCACGUUCGAUAGGUUCCAUGGAUUCCUGGGGCUCCCCGUCGAGUUCGAGCCCGAGGUGCCCCGCCGCGCUCCCAGUGCGAGUGCAAGCGUCUUCGGAGUUUCAACAGAAUCAAUGCAGUGUUCCUAUGAUUCCAGAGGAAACAGUGUACCGACGAUUCUCUUGAUGAUGCAAAGACGCCUUUAUGAACAGGCCGGUCUUCGGGCAGAAGGUAUUUUUCGCAUAAACGCAGAGAAUAGCCAGGAGGAGCUCGUGAGAGACCAGUUAAAUUGUGGAAUUGUUCCAAAUGGCAUUGAUGUCCACUGUUUGGCAGGUCUAAUCAAAGCCUGGUUUAGGGAACUUCCCAGUGGGGUGUUGGACUCUAUCCCACCUGAGCAGGUGAUGCAAUGCCAAUCUGAAGAGGACUGUGCUCGGGUCGCCAAAUGCCUUCCACCAGCUGAAGCAGCCUUACUUGACUGGGCUGUUAAUCUGAUGGCUGAUGUUGUCCAAGAAGAACAGAUAAACAAGAUGAAUGCUCGCAAUAUUGCUAUGGUUUUUGCACCAAAUAUGACUCAGAUGGCAGAUCCUUUGACUGCACUGAUGUAUGCAGUGCAAGUGAUGAAUUUUCUCAAGAUGCUAAUACAAAAGACCCUCAAGGAUAGAGAAGAGUCGAAUCUGGAGGAUGCUUCGCUGCCCCAGAAGGACCCAUCUGAUGAAAAUGGGCAUCAGAAACCCAGCGUGACACUUGACUCUCACCUGCGGAAUGAGGCAGGAUCCAGGCGUCCCUCUUUUGUGAACGAGGAGCCCCUUCUGAACAGUCCUGCACACAGCAUUGAAGACAAGCCUAAAGAAACUAAUGCUGCCGAAGGAGUCACAGCUGCUUUCACUGGCCAGACAAGUGAAGUCCUGACAAGCACGGAGGGCUCCACUAGUUGCUCACAAGUUGCUGAUCUGGCUGUUGUUCCUGAUGCUUCCUGUGCAACAGCUGUGAAUUCUCUUCAAGGCAAGGGGAACCGAAGCCCGAAUCGUAGGAGGACCAGAAAGGGCAAGAGUCAGUCUGGAGCACGUGCCAUUCCACCAGCCGAGAAAUCGAGAGGUGUGAGCAUUGUGAGCCGGAUAAAUUCAAAAGUUGAAAGGAUCGAAGCAUGGAGAUGAAUUCAAAUGCCACUGCUGCUGCCGUAUAUUAGAUGACUAACCCAAUGUUUCCUGAAUAUAGGACCCCGAACUGCUUGCUCGCACAUCUUGCUUUUCGAUGUGAUUAUCAUUUCUUUCUGGAUCAUGAUCAUGGUACUCAACUUUUUCUCUUUCACUAACUUCUGUAUCUUGCUUAUCAUUAUUUGUUUGAGUGAAUGAAACAGAGGUUGUUGCUUUCGUUUGUACAUAAAUUUCUUCAGGGAUGAUCUAUGGUGUGCUUGUUCU